AACCUGGUAGAUUUUCACCCUACAAUGUCUUCUUAAACCCUUAAAUUGCAUAUCUUUUCAUUACGAAUUACCUGAAAAUCCCCGCAGAACCCUGAAAUCAAAUUCGAUUUGGGGGGUUUUCCAACCCAGUCAUCUGUUUCAAACGAUAACAACAUCCAGUUUGCUAUCUUUUCAACAGUUAAGACAAUUGGACUUAAAUAACUGUUAUCAGAUGAAAACAUAUUAAAGUUAUUGUUUCAGUUUUUCCAAAAGGGAUGUAAUUUGACUUAAAAUGUACCCAAAGAACAUCUCAUUCCACAGGAGAUUUUCCCAAAUUACAUCGGUCGGGUCUUUCCAAUACACAAAGGAGGAUUUAAUAUCCAAACUUGCAUCAGUUUUGCAAUCUUGUUCACACCCUAAUCCUGACCCACAAGUAAUUCAUCAAGGCCAGCAACUUCAUGCUCAGAUAAUCGUCAAUGGAAUCAACCACGUGGGCCUACUGGGGUCAAGAUUACUCGGAAUGUACAUACUUUGUAACAAAUUCAUUGAUGCCAAGAGUGUGUUUUAUAAACUCGAUUUGGUCUACGCGUCACCGUGGAAUUGGAUGAUCAGAGGGUUUACUAUGAUGGGGUGUUUUGAUUCUGCAAUCUUGGUUUAUUUUAAGAUGUUGGGGUAUGGAACUUGUCCUGAUAAGUAUACUUUUCCGUAUGUGGUUAAGGCGUGUGGUCGGUUGGGAGCGGUUGGGUUGGCGAAAUCUGUUCAUCGGACGAUUCGGAUCAUGGGUUUUGAGAUGGAUGUUUAUGUAGGUAGUUCUUUGAUCAAGUUGUAUGCUGAAAAUGGUUGCAUUGAUGAUGCACGCCAACUGUUUGAUAAAUUGCCUCAGAGAGAUGAUGUGUUGUGGAAUGUUAUUCUUAAUGGUUACUUGAAGCAUGGGGAUUCAAAGCAUGUUGUUUUACUGUUUAACCAGAUGAGGAGUUCCGAUACUCGACCAGGGUCGGUGACAUACGCGUGUGUUCUGUCUGCGUGUGCGUCUGAUGCGAAUGUUAACCUCGGCACGCAAAUUCAUGGUCUUCUUAUCAAAUGUGGACAGGUGUCGGAUCCUCAGGUUCUCAACACGCUAAUCGCGGUGUAUGCAAAGUGUCGAUGGUUGUUUGACGCGCGGAAACUUUUCGAUAGCGUACAAGAAGCCGGUUCGGUUACGUGGAACGUUAUAAUUGGCGGGCAUGUGCAGAAUGGACUCAUGAAUGAAGCUUUAGAUUUACUUCGUGAAAUGAUAUUCGUCGGAACCAAACCGGACACAAUCACGUUAGCAAGCUUUCUUCCGGCUUUAUCUGAGUCCGCAUCUAUAAACCACGGGAAAGAGAUACAUUGUUACAUUUUACGACAAAAUGUGCAUUUGGAUGUUUUCUUAAAGAAUGCGCUUAUCGACAUGUAUUUUAAGUGUCGGGAGGUCGAAAUGGCACGUAAUGUUUUCACUUGUAGUAGAGACAUAGACGUCGUGAUAUGCACUGCGAUGAUAUCCGGUUAUGUCCUUAACGGGAUGAACUUUGACGCUUUAGAAACUUUUCGGUUUUUGCUUAACAAGCAAAUGAAACCGAACGCUGUUACGCUUUCGAGUUCUUUACCCGCUUGUGCGGGUUUGGUUGCUUUAAAAUUAGGCAAAGAACUGCACGGUCAAAUUUUAAAAAACGGGUUAGAAGGAAGGUGUCAUGUCGGAACGGCAGUCGUCGAUAUGUACGCAAAAUGUGGAAGACUUGAUCUUGCACACCAAGUGUUUGAUAAAAUGUCUGAGAAGGAUUCCGUUUGUUGGAAUUCCAUGAUAACUAGCUUUUGUCAAAACGGUCAACCCGAGAAAGCCAUUGAGCUUUUCCGUGAAAUGGGUUCCGAAGGAGCGAAAUACGACUCGGUAAGCAUAUCGGCUGCUCUUUCUGCGUGUGCGAAUAUACCAUCACUCGGGUAUGGAAAAGCAAUCCACGGGUUCAUGACAAGAGGUGCGUUGAAAACCGAUCUUUACGCAGAGAGUGCGUUAAUCGACAUGUAUGCUAAAUGCGGAAACCUAGAAUCCGCAAGAAACGUGUUCAACACAAUGCCGAUUAAAAACGAAGUAUCGUGGAACAGUAUCAUUUCCGCUUAUGGAAACCACGGUCACCUUCGCGAAUGUCUUUCGCUAUUUCACGAAAUGAAAGAACACGGAUUCCACCCCGAUCACGUCACCUUUCUCGCAAUAAUUUCCGCAUGCGAUCACACCGGUUUGGUUGACGAAGGUUACCAUUAUUUCAAAUCCAUGACAAACGAUUAUAAAAUCGCACCACGAAUGGAGCACUACGCGUGCAUAAUCGAUCUGUUCGGUCGCGCAGGUCGGUUAACCGAAGCGUAUGAGAUCAUAAAGUCUAUGCCGUUUGAUCCCGAUGCGGGUGUUUGGGGCACGUUGUUAGGUGCGUGUCGGGUUCAUGGGAAUGUUGAGCUGGCUGAAACGGCGUCUAGUCAGCUUUUUGAGAUGGACCCCACGAACUCAGGAUAUUAUGUGCUGCUGUCGAAUGUGCAGGCGGAUGCUGGGAAAUGGGAAGAUGUUAAUAAAACGAGAAAUAUGAUGAAACUUCGAGGGGUUGAAAAGGUGCCGGGUUAUAGUUGGAUUGAGGUGAAUAACGAGACGUAUGUUUUUGGCGCGGAUGACACGUGUAACCCGAGGGCUGAUGAGAUUUAUAGUUUGUUACGGAAUUUUGUUUUGGUGGUUAAGGAUGAAGGGUAUGUGACAGUUGAGAAACAGCAUAACUUGAUAGGGUUUUAUUGAUUGAAUGCUUUAACUUACAUGAAAUACAUUUGGUUGACGACACAAUCAUUAUGAAUGGUAUGGUGUCA